UUGUUGAGAUGCCAACCCUAAUUUGCAGUUCAUCCAGAAGAAAAAGAAUGAAAUUAUAAUAUUUUGUUGUUCUUAUUUGGAUUCUUUACUGAAGAAUGUGUCAGUCUACUAAAUCUUUGAAAUUGUCUGAAUUACUCGCGUCUUUAGUUCCCGUUUUGCUUUCAUUACAUUCGCGAGUAAAAUGAGGGAAAAAAUUUUGUACAACGAUUGACACAUUAACCCAAAGGGAGCCUGAUUCGAUGCUUGCUGCGAUGUUCAGUGGCCGUCAUACAUUGUGUCAAGAAAAGGGGUUUGUCUUUGUUGAUAGGGAUGGGAAACAUUUUCGGCAUAUACUAAACUGGUUGAGGGAUGGUGUUGUUCCCACACUUGAAGACUCACAAUAUCCAGAGCUUCUCCGAGAAGCAGAAUACUAUCAGCUACUUGGGUUAGUUGAUGGGAUCAAUGCAGUCUUGAAUAGGAGGAAGGAUGAUGAUGACUUGAAAACUGAAUUGACACGUACAGAUAUAAUCAAAUGCAUACAGUCUAAGAGAGUCAGAUUCCGAGGGGUGAAUCUUUCAGGACUUGAUCUUUCAAAGUUGGAUCUGUCAUUUGUUGAUUUCAGCUAUGCAUGCCUUAAAAAUACCUUCUUUUCUCGUGCAAACCUUCAAUGUGCAAAAUUCCGGGAUGUGGAGGCUGAGGGUGCCAAUUUUCACAAUGCAAUUCUGCGCGAAUGUGAAUUUACUGCUGCAAAUCUUCGUGGUGCUUUAUUAGCUGGUGCUGGUCUUCAGAGUGCAAAUCUACAAGAUGCCUGUUUGAUUGAUUGUAGCCUCUGUGGGGCAGACCUCCGGUCAGCACACCUACAGACUGCAGAUCUUACGAAUGCAAACUUAGAAGGAGCUAACCUAGAAGGAGCCAAUUUAAAGGGUGCAAAAUUGGGUGGUGCUAAUCUGCAAGGUGCAAAUCUUCAACGGGCUUAUUUACGAGAUGUUAACCUACGAGAAACUCACUUGGAGGGUGCAAAACUCGAUGGUGCAAAUUUGCUUGGAGCAAUCAGGUGAAAGGAAAGUUCUUUACAUUCAAUAUCAGAAAAGUUUACUCCUGUACGUGUAUCCAGAAAUCUACUACAAUGUCUUUCCUUGUGUAUCCUGGACUCUAAUGUGGAAACGAAGAUCUGUCAAGUUCUGGUUGCCAAAUCAUGUGUGUGUAUACUCCAGUGUUUUGCCAAAGGUACUAUUAUAACAUGAUCUUGUUGUAUAAUAUAGAGAUACCAACAGGCUGGAUUGGGUUUGUGGAAAUGCUAAAGGUGAACGUAGUCUAAUUUUAAGGUUCUCUAAUACAAGAUCACUCUGAUUGGUCUUAUAAACAUUUACAUGAUAUUUGCUUUCUCAUUAACCAAACAUUGCAAUUUUGGGAAGGAUGUAUCCCAACUUUGUGAAAUUUAGUGUCAUGUUCUC